GCUAACUAGCCAAAAAUUCAUUAGCCCCUAUCUCACUAACUAGAUGGCGUUGAACAAAAAUAUUUGAGGCCUCCUGAAGGCCAAUCACUCCACCAAAUGUCAUCAAAAUCUGUGACGUAAGUGGUGACUCUUGGUUGAAUUGACAUGGAAUGACCCUCAUGGUGUCCUGAACACGGGAAGCACUGCAGUACAGGGAAUCCAGAGAUCCAAAGGUGGCAUCAGCUGGUAUUCAGGUGUGAACAGGCAGGAAGUGGAGCCUUGGAUGUGGCCGAGUCUCGGCUGAGGCAGGAGGCACUGGUGGGGUCUGUAGCCACAGGGCGUGCAGGCAUUUGCUACAUUCCAUCAACCAGGGUUGACAAUGCCCAGGGCAAGGAGCGCCAACAUCUGAUCCAGGAGGAAGUGCAGGCAGGCGUGGAGGAAGUACGAACUAGCAGGAUGGUGGGAAUGGGACAGCAAGGAGCGUGGACUAAACGGGAGAAUAUUCUGCAACGAAAAAUCACCUGGUCCAACAUCUGGAAAGCAGACUUCCAUCACAUCAGGUUUUUAGUCUAAGCUGUUUAUGUGAUCCUUCCAAGCCCAGCGAACCUCCAUGUCUGGGGUAAAACAGAAACACCAUCCUGUCCCUGCUGCUCAGGUCGGGGCUCCCUGGAGCACCUACUCAGCAGCUGCCCCAAAGCCCUUGGAGAUGAGCGCUAUUGCUGAUGUCACGACCAGGUGCUCAGGGCAGUUGCUGACAGCAUCGCCACUGCCAUCAACACCAGCAAAGGCCACCACAGAACAAAGACCAUCAUGGUCAGCAGAGCUGGAAAGAAGCCCAUCAUACCACCACAGACAAAGUCCGGCCUCCUCGAUCCAUCAACGACUUGAAACUGGAAGUGGACCUGGACAGACAAAAGUUCCCUCCCAGGAUUACAUCAACCAGGCUUCGCCCAGACAUGAUCAUUGUCUCGAAUUCCACCAAGCACCUAAUCAUUCUGGAGCUCUCUGUGCCAUGGGAGGAACACAUGGUUGAGGCCAAUAAGCAGAAGCGUGCCAAGUACCAGGAGCUGGUGGAAGAGUGCAGGAGACAAGGGUGGAAAACGAUCUGUGAGCCUCUGGAGGUGGGCUGCAGGGGAUUCGUAGGGUGUUCACUCUGCAGAGUGUUUAGACAGCUGGGACUUGUUGGGGAGGCGAAGCGGAAGGCUAUCAGAUCCGCAACUGAAGCCGCAGAGAAAGCCACAAGAUGGCUGUGGAUGAAGAGGGCAGAUCCACGGGAAAACACUGCUGGGACACAGGCCAGGGAUUUAUCACCCCACCUGGGCUGAGGGGGUCUGAUGUUGAAACACCCGAAACCCCUAAUGAUCCCAGGAUACAACAUCACUGAUGAUGUUUCCCAGCCAUAGACUGUAUAUACUAUGGACAACUUGGUUCUGCCUUCCGCCUAUAUACGGAUUUGAAGCCAAAAAGCUCACAGUAAUUCCAGGUUUUUCUCCACUUCCUGAAACCAGUGCUGCGCAGUAGCGUUGUACGCAUAGGUUUCUGGUUUAGCGAAGACUCGCAAUGAUGACGCUCCGUCCAAAUCUUUUUUUUUUUUCUUUUCUUAAUGUGGCCCUAAUGCUCCGUCAUAGUCUUUCAUUGCAUCAAAAUCAGAAAAAUACUUAUAUCUUAUAUCUUAUAUCCAUAUAUUUACCUCAAUUUACCAGGUUGUGACAUUGUUUUAGAUGUUUCUUAUAUCAGGAGCAAGGUCAUAAUGUUUGCCAAUUGUUUUUUUUGCCGAUUCGUGCAGUUUACAGCACAACAGCUCCUUGUCAUUUUCUUUCUCCCUUGACUCUGCUAGUAAACAAAUAAGGAAUGUCCCGCUUUCUGCCCCAAGGCUGCAUGCAAACCUGCAAUGACGUUGCAAAGAAACCUGUCUAUAUUGUUGUCAUUAUAAUUCAAAGAGUGUUUGACAGUUUUACUUACACUUAAAUAUCAUUUUCUCUCUCCCACCUGAGCGGCUGUCUGCCUCUACACACACCAUAAAAGUAAGUAUGAGCUUUUGAAUCAGAUAAAAUAGCACUAAAUAUUGAUUUUAUUUAUUGAAAAAUAGUUUGAAGACUUUUUCACGAACCAAUCUUUUUUUUACUUCUCUAGGACACUGAGGCUGAAGAAAGUAGGUAUAAGCUUCUAAAUCUGUUUCAAAUCUUUUUUUGAAUAAUAAUUUAAAGACUUUCUCACUAACCGAUAUUUGUCUUAUCUCACUUUUGUCUUACAUGGUCUCCUGAGCUCCUCACGGUCCCUGAAAAUGAAGAAGGUCAGUCUGAGUUAAUUUACCUGGGUUAGAAAGAAAUCUUUAAAAACAGUUUUCAAAAUCUACUAAGCUAGUACUGUUGACUCUCAAAUUUGGUUGAACAAAAGCGCAGAGGAGUGAUGCUGGUUGUUAAAAACCAGGAACUCUUUUUUUAAUUCUGGUUUAAAAACACUGAUGAGUGCUGUUAGCAGCAGCUGAUUAUGUAGAAAACAAUAAAAGGCUCUUGUUGCUGCAGCAAAAAUACAUUCUAUCAGUAUUUACAAGAGGUAUUAGCAUAUUAUAGAUGCCAUGAUCUUUCAAAGAGUAUUUGUCAGUCUAACAAACCAUUUCCUCUUGUUCUCUCUUGUACCUGAGCUGCUGUGUUUGCCUCCAGUGGAAGAAAGUAAGUAUGAGUUUUUAAGUCUGAUAAAAUAUCAACAGUAUUUGUUCUUCAAAGAUCAUCUCUCUGACUAACCUUUGUCUCACUCUUUCCAACACCUGAGCUCCUCCUGAUCUCUGAGGACGAAGAAGGUACCAAGCAAAAAUAUACAUUUAAUUGUUGUCACAUGUUUAAAAGGGAUUAGAAUUAACAUUGGGGGCUCUAUUUUCAUGCUUCUGUCUGAAGACAGCAAUGCCACACAAUGGCGACAGAAGGCAGCCCCUCAACAAGUGUUGCUGUAAACAGAGGGCAUCCUCCACACUCUCUCAUAUGAGCAAAGAUGGAUUUGGUGUGUGUAAUGUUUGACCCACUAGUAAGACAAACACCCUUUUCCACAAAUAAAGACACACAUAAAGUUGCACAUAUUCAAACCUCAAGUGACAAAGGUGGGUUGUGCGCAGAGAUUCGGAACCAUCUGUGCGUAAAGGACACAUCACGUUCCGUGGCCUGGCUCUUUCUUUCAUAGAUGUUGGCAUAUAAAAUAAAUUUGGCUCACAAAACGGAAUAUUAUAAAAUUCGUAUGUAGGCUUAAAGUAAAUAAAUCAUCUGAUCACUGAAACAAAUCAUCUGUUCAGCUGCCGCAGCAGCAGCAGCUGCAGCAGGACGGGGAGAGGACACUGAGACAUGUCCAGGUCAAGCUGCACGAGAAAUAAGAAGAAGAGGAAGAAAGAAAAGGAGGGAGAUGGAUUACAUUACAUUACAUUACAUAUCUUGUUAACUUCAUCAUGUGUGUCUAUUUACUAGAUAUUUAAUUUAAUUUAAUGAUUUGGUCAGGUUGUGUGUCUAAACGCGUGCCAAACGAGCUCACCAGAUCAGCUAUAGAUCAGAAUAUAUCUAUAUAGAUCUAAAUGUAUGUGCUGACUCAGAUUAUUAGUUGUUGUUGAUUAUUUAUUGCACUGGAAUGUGCCUGACACUGUGGAAACCUGCCGGUGAGGCAUCGGUGACAUAUGCUGAUACGCCGCCAGUCUACCAAAAUACCACUAGACCAGCUGCACUCUGCCUGCGCUGAAAGCUGACCAGGUUUGAAUCAGCAAGCUUUCAGUGCACUUUAUACGCCACCGGCAAGCCAAAAAUCUCACUGCGGCAGCUGAUUCUGUCGACACCUCCCUCUGCCUCGCCACCAUGCCCAGCUUGGCGGACCUCAGUGUGCCUCAGUCCAUGAAAAUACCAAACUGGCUGUACACCGGGCUCCGCCAGACGAAAAUACCACUGCGAGGGGUCCGCCACCCUCCGCCGCCUCACCAGCGGACAUGAAAAUAGAGCCCCAGGAACUUUAAUUUCUAGCCUUAUCAAUCAAUUAAUCAAUCAAUCAAUCAAUCAAUCAAUCAAUCAACCACUUUAUUUAUAAAGCACUUUUUAUACAUGGCUUGUAGCACAAAGUGCUGAACACAGGGGAUACAAAAUAAAAACAAAAUAAAACACAAACUGCAAAAACCCCACUCAACCACCCUCCAAGCCCGAAUUUAACAGAGAUCCCCCCCACCCACCCAUCCAUCCACACACACAGACACACACGCACGCACACACACACACACACACACACACACACACACCUACGCACACUCUCACGACCAUCGGGACACCAAGUCAGGGCUCAACAGGAAGCCACAGAGCACCAAGGAAACGCUAUCUUAAACUCAAAUGGGGAAAAACUGGAGCUGAAGCUAAACUGAUAAAACCAUGACAAGAUAUAAAAAAUAAAAGGAGAUUAAAUAAUAAUAAUAAUAAUAAUAAUAAUAAUACAAAAUCAAACAAUAAAAGAAAAUAAAAGAAAAUAAACAAAUAAAAAUAAAAUAUACUAAAAGUACUAAAAAUAGUAGACUAAAAGAGAGGCUAGAAGAAUAAAACAAAAAUCAGCUUAAGGCCAGACUAAAAAGGAAGGUCUUGAGUUUGGGUUUAAAAAUAUGAACUGUAGGUGUUGCUCUCAGGUCUUCAGGCAGACUGUUCCACAGACGGGGGCCAUAAUAAUAAAACGAUGCCUCAUUGUAUGUUUUGGUUCUAACUUUGGGGACUAUUAAAAGACCACCACCUGAAGACCUGAGGGCUCUACUGGGCUAAUAUUUUAAAAGCAAAUCAGAUAAAUAAGAAGGACCUGGACCAUUAAGAGAUUUCUAAACUAAUAAAAGAACCUUAAAAUCUAUUCUAAAAGACACAGGAAGCCAAUGCAGAGACUUUAAAAUUGGUGUAAUGUGGGCUCUGCUACUGGUCUUCAUCAGCAUACGUGCAGCCGAAUUUUGCAGCAGCUGAAGCUGUGAAAUGUUCUUUUUAGGAAGACCAGAGAGGAGAGCAUUACAAUAAUCAAUUCUGCAGGUAAUAAAAGCAUGGAUAAGAGUCUCCGCAUUGGCUUGAGAGAGAAACUGGCAGACUCCAGAGAUGUUCUUAAGGUGAUAAAAGCCUUAUAUCACGUGAUAUCACGUAUGUGUGACGCAAAGCUGAGAUUAAAAUAAAAAAUAACACCCAGAUUUUUAACUUGUUUUGAGGGAUUAAAAGACAGUCCUCAGAGUUUGUUCUCCAGUUUCUCUCUCUCUGGACCUGUACCGAUGACUAAAACCUGGGUUUUGUCCUGGUUGAGCUGCAAGAAGUUGUCUGCCAUCCAGGACUGGACAUCUAAAAUACCUUUAAAAAGGGCAUCAAUGGGCCCUGUGUCAUCAGGAGACAUGGCCAGGUAGAGCUGUGUAUCAUCAGCAUAGCUGUAAAAGUUAAUGCCGUGUCUCCUGAUGACAUCUCCUAAUGGUAACAUAUAUAGAUUAAAAAGUGUGGGGCCUUAAAUUGAGCCCUGGGGAACACCACACUCCAUUUCGUAGGUUCUUGAUAAGCUUUCCCCAGUGCUCAUUUAGAAUUUCCUGCCAUUCAGAUAUGUUUUAAACCAGUUAAAAACAAUACCAGAGAUGCCAAUGUAGUUUUGGAGUCUGUUUAAAAGAAUUGUAUGAUCCACCGUAUCAAAAGCUGCACUCAGGUCCAACAGGACUAAAACAGAAAUUAAUCUUUCAUCCAUGUAGUCCUGAAGUCACUUACAAUCUUGACCAGUGCCGUCUCUGUACUGGGAUUUUUCCUAAAACCAGACUGAAAUAUGUCACCAAUAUUUUUAGGAAUCAUAAAAUCAUUUAACUGGUUAAAAACAAUCUUUUCUAAAAUUUUGCUUAAAAAUGGCAGGUUGGACACAGGUCUGUAAUUAUCAGGUACCGCUGAAUCCAAGUUUUUUCUCUUCAGAAGGGGUCUGACACAGGCUGUCUUAAAGGCAGUGGGAAAGACCCCUGUCUGAAGACAAUAGUUAACAAUAUUAAUAACUUAUAGGUUUGGUACGCAGUCAUUAAUGUCAUUAAUGAUAGGAAAUUGUGUGUGUGUGUUUUUUUUUUAUAGAAGACAAAGGAAACUUCGUCUGUUUAAGGACUACUGUCUUUUAUCUCAAAAUGCCAUAAAUUGCCCCACUUUACCAAUUUUUGCUCUAUCUCAAAUUAUGAUAUUUGAGUCAUGCUGUGUUGCAAGAUUACUUAUGAACAGUUUCUGGUUUUUUUUUGUUGUUUUAUUUUUAGGUGCUGUUUUGCGUACAGUCCACUUCAUCUUAACUGAACUAUCAUUAACAAGGUUAAUGGUUUUAGAUAACAAAUUGCACUGCAUUACCAUAGUGUCAAAGAUGUAUGUGUGCUAAAACCGAUGAUCAUUUCCUAAAACAGGCUCUUGUAAAAUUAGCCAAAGGUGUUCAUAAGUUUAUUUUUGAAUUUUUAAUGGAUUUUUAAUAGUUAUCUAUUGAAUUUUGCUGGUUACAGUCCCAACAUAGGAGGUUUGGCUCCAAAAUGUGACAAAUCUUACUAUCUUAAUUUUAUUUAUUGAUAUUUCCAUGUACAGAACAUUUUGAUAAACAAUAAAGGUCAUGACAUAUACCCCUCUCUCCACACCCACCCUCACCCUUAGGAGGCAAAUGAGAAGGUAAACAACAAAGGCUAUUGAAAAGUAUAGUUCACCAAUAAAUAUAAAUCUACACAGUGAUAAAAGAAGUGAGUAUAUAAAUUGAGAGCCAGAAAAUUAGAUGAACAGAUAAAGGAGAACUAUGAAUAAUAAUAAAAAAAACUUUAUAAUACCAAGAUUGAAAAGAAAUAAAAUAAAAUAGACAUGUAUAAAAUUCAGAUGAAUUAAAUAAAGCAAAAUGAGGUAACUAUUUUUGGUGUUUAGCAAGAGUGGGGCUGUUAGAAAUGAAAGAGUGUGGCUGUUUGAAAUGAAUAUAAUGUGACAGAUCUUAAAUUGUUAGUUUACCGUUUUAAUCUAUUUUACCAACUACGAAAGGGAUGAUACCAUUAGAUUGUCAUGUCAUCAACCCAUUUAAAACUAGAAGUUAUAGCAUUACAGAUUUAAUAAUUAUACUGUUUGCCUGACAGAGAUUGAAUAAUGUCUAGUUCCUCCUAUAGUUUUAGAGCAGUUUGUCACCACAAUCAGUGAAAAUGUCCCUGUCAUGAUUCUUAUCUUAAAUGAUGCUCACAGAGACAUAGUCACACACAUGCACACACACUCAGAAACACACACAAACAAACAGGGCAACAGUAAGAUGCCUCGGCCCACUUUAAACCGUCAAUGACUGUGUAUCUUCUGAGAGGAUUAAUGCAGCCUAAAGGUGGAGCGAAAAUUGUGAAGGUUUGUGGGAGUGUAAUCCUCUGAGCUCAUGGGGAGACAGAGAGAAAGACGGAUGGAACGUGGAAGUCUUUGCUCCUGGAUUUGUGAGAGGCUGACAGGACAAAAAUCUUUUUUUCCCACACUGACAGGACGCUGGGUCAGGAAAAUUUAAUGGCAAUAUUUGCGACGGAGCUGCCUGUCCUUGGGGAUCAGAAAUGGUUCACAAACUUCUGCUGCCUAUCGGUAAGUUUACAUCUUGAAACAUGUUUCAUAAUCCAGUCUGCCUGAUGACUUAAAAUCAUUAUUUCAUACCAGUGUAAUCCUGCCGCACAUACUGUCUCUCCCCUUUGAUACAACAUAUAUCACAAUAGUAUUUUGUUGCUUUUUUCUCUGUAUUAUCAACAGUUUGUCACUAAUGACUGUUUAAAAAGAAUUUUGAGAUUUUAAACUUUGAUGUAAAAAAAAAAAAAGGAUCUCUUCCCUUCUUUCAGCUCUAGCAGCGAGCCUCAUCUCAUCUGUGCUGUCAGGAGCCUCCAACACCAAAACCAAAACUCAAGGUAUCACAUCCUCAGUCACCAUUCAUCUAUCCCUCAUUAAUGACCAUGCAUCUGUUUUCUUUGUAAACCAACAAAGCAAAGAUAUGAAAAUUUUAAUAAAUACAUCAUUUCAUUUCAUUUAUUUGCUCAAUUCACUAAUUUUUUCUACUUGUUGGUGAGAAAAAGCUGCUGAUGCAAGAUGUUACCUGGAGCUACGGUUGUCACAAAAUCAAAUUGUCAUCUCACCAUUACUGUGGCUGUAAAAUAUUACAGGAAUGUAAUCUCUUAAUAUUUCGAUAACACUUUAUUUGACGUCUAUUUCUAUAACAUAUUAUAAGUAUAUGUAUAAUCCGUUAUAAUCACGUUAUAGCACUGUACAACUAUCGUUAUUAACACAUUAUAAAGCAUUUUAUCAUGAUUUAUAAGGUCAGGUAUUAAUGUGUUAUAACUGUUAACAACUCACUGAAAAUACCCAUAAUGUAUCAUACAUAUAUUUAUGGUGUGUUAUAAUGUGCUUAUAAACUUGUAUAACUAUCAUUAUAAACACUCAUUAAUUAUCAUAAGGCUUUAUAACAAUAAGCAUAACACAUUAUAGAGUAUUUUAUAAUGGCUUAUAAGAUCAAGCAUUAUAAUACUUAAUGAUGGCUUGUCCCUUGCUAGCUGAUUUUUGUUGCAAGGAUCAAAGAGUAUUAUAAUUAUAUAGUUGUCAUAUAUUAAAACUCUUAUAAUGCCUUAUAAUUGUAUAAUGCAAUAUAAUGUGAUUAUAACUUACUCUAAAUGCUCAUUGGGUGCUUCAAGUAAAGUGAUGAAACAAUAAUCAAAACAUGAUUAUAAUGCAUUAUAAAUAUAUUUAGAAUGUGUUAUAGAGAUAAGCGUAAUAUUGUUACCAAUAUUUCUAAUAUGCCUAUCAAUUUUCAAUGAUGACGAUCUAAAGGAAAAAUUGCACUGGAUGUUUAAACACAAAAGCUCAGCAAGAGCAAAAAAAAAAGGAGAUCAAGAGAUCGUGUGUGGUUAGCAGGUUAUUUGCAUAAUAGAAUCCCAACAGGGAGAGACAAGAGCCAGAUGCAAAUGUGUCAUGAUUUCUUUGUCUGUUUUCCUCAAUUUUAUGUGUUUGAAGUUAUAUUCCUUUAUUUUCUUGAUGUUUCACGUCUUCUUUUCUCUGCCAUUGGCUGGUCAGCUAUGAAUGUAAAGUUUCCUACCCUAAAGCUAACGUUUUUGCCACAUUGUGAACAGGAACCAGUAAAAACAUUGAAUAUACAAGCGUGCUGUGAACUGUCCUCUGAUUGAUUUUGCAUAUGACACAUCCAUGAUUUGGUUGCUUUUGGUGUCGCUCUUGCUAUACAGAAUUAUUUAUUAUUGCUAAAAGCAAAUGUUUAACAUGAAGAGCAGAGAAAAAAAGUCACAUGAUAAUCAGAUAUACACUGGAUGAUAUAUUUUUCUUCUUUCAAUUUUCAUGUGUCAAAUUGUAAAAUGGCUAAGCUUCAUAUUCUGUUUGGGAUUAAAAAAGGUGGUAAAUUGACUUUGUGGGGAAAAAAAGGUUAUAAAACUUCACCAUAAUGCCCUAAAAAGAUGUCUGUAUGGAUUGAAAGUCAAACCACAACACAAAUCUGCACUUCAGAUGAAAUGACAGGACGAUUAAUGGUACAUGAGGAAAUGACACAACACUUAACCUUUGUCAGGUUUAUCACUUUGAAUCCGCUGAUGUGUUUUUAUCUGUCUCUAGUGAAAAACAACUCAGGAGUGACACCAGCAGGGCAGUGUGGAGCCUGGAUAAAGGAGCCUGAUGGAGGGUAUUUCACCUCACCCAACUACCCCCAGAAGUACCCACCUGAGAGGGAGUGUGUUUACAUCAUAGAAGGUGAGGCUUUCAUACCUUUUUCUUGAGACUUUUACUUCCUCUUCGUUUCUCCAAUCUCAUCAUCUCUCUCCAUCCUCCUCAGCCUCUCCUCGGCAGUGCAUCGACUUAUUCUUCAAUGAGAAGUACUCCAUAGAACCAUCCUGGGAGUGCAAGUUUGACCACAUUGAAGUCCGAGAUGGGCCCUUUGGUUUCUCCCCCAUCAUUGGUCGGUACUGUGGACAGGAGAGUCCAGCGUAUGUCCGAUCCAGUGGGCGGUACCUGUACAUCAAGUUUGUUGCUGAUGGUGAGCUGGAGGCCAUUGGUUUCUCUGCACGGUACAACUUCACACAAGGUGAGUGACCACAAACUUAGCUAAAUAACUGCACUGAUCAAAGGGGGCAAACUAAAAAGUGAGGAGAAAAUAUGUUGAAAACCCAAAUAAAGAAAAGAGCUUUUCAUUGUUUGGCCACAUGGAGCAAAAUCUUAUUUUCUGCAACAAUAUUCUGGUUAGUUUGGUCGUUAUGCUCUACUUAAUACACCUUAUGACUACAUGGGGAGCCCAAACACAAAAACAAAAUUUAGUAAAACUUUCAACAAAAUACAAGUAAAAAAUUGUCUUUAUGAUAGCAGCUCUAUAAAUAGAACAGUACGAUGUAAUGGCUUACUGCAAAAUUCACUCGCUUUGUGAGACCAGCAGUUUACAGGGGAUAAACCUUGUGUGUUUUUUUGACACCUAGAGGCUUAUCUAUCCCACAGAGAAGAUCAGUACAUUUUUAGAGACCAUCUGCAUCCAAUAUUUAUAGAAACACAAGGUAAUUGGUGAUCAUUUAUGACUCAAGUGAAGGUAGUGUCAUGGUGUUGUUAGCUGACUAUGCUAGACAAAAGUUGUCUUAGUUAAUAUGUCCAUUUUGUCAUAGAAAUGUGAUUUUGUCUUCAAAAAUUGUUUUCCUUGGGGAGGGAGGGGGGUACUCUUAUCAGCGACGUCUUGUCUUAUGCUGCGUUCCAGUUACCUCGGAAGUCGGAUGUCGGAGCUGGGAAAUUAUGUUGCAUCUAAGUUGGCGGUGUUGAAGUCGGAAAACCAAGAUGGAUGCCUACAGUUUGACAUUGUUAGCUGUUGUUUACAAUUGUCAGCUGUCGUUAGCGGUUGUCAGUUGUUUUUAGCUAUACCAGAUGUAAACAAUGCAUAACACAGUAUUUUACUCUUUUAAACACCAUAGCACCGUGUUCACAGUUAGUUGUUGGGCAGUACAACAUAUAGCACUUAUUUCAUUUCACAAAAACAAAACAGGAGUGCUGAUAAAUAAUACAUUACGGGAGCUUUCACUGUUACUCUUUACUGUUGAUGCACUGUGCUGCCAUCUUGGAUUAUGAUGGUGUCGUCAAAUUGGGGUUGGUGAGGAACGUCCGACUUUCUGAGUCAGAAAUCCGACUUCAGGGGGGCGUUUCAGAUUAAUUUCUGACUUGGAGCUCGGAAAUUCUGAUCUGAGUACAACUGGAACUCAGCAUUAUAUUCUGGUCAAAAUGCUAAUUUACCAACCAAUUAAUUGGUUAUGACUUGUUUAAUGUGGACUUAGCACCCUAAUGUUAAACACAUCUGUAGAGAGCAAGUGUAGCAGAGCAGGCUGCUCAAGUUUUGGUUCUGAGAAAGAAUAUGAUGCCAGCCAGAUCACUGCUGCACACCUGAUAUGGGUUGUUUGUUUCUCAUGGAGCCACUUGAUCACUAGAUCAUGGCUUAUUAUUAUUUUUACUGAUAUUGAGAUCAUGAUUGUUAAACACCAAUGAUCUGAAAUUGAAGUCUGCAUUACAAGCAUUCACAGAACUUUAAAACCCUAAAGUAUCUCAAUAACAACAAAAAAAUGAAUAAAUAAAUUGAACAUUAUUUAGUGGAAAAAAAAGAGUUAGUCUUUUGGUUUACCAAAUCCUGCCGGACUUUACAACUAGAUUUUAUAGAUUUAGCAAUCCGAAAGUUUAAGUAUUGAAAGGGACCGUGCAUCAGUUCUACACUUAUUAAUGCCUGUUCAUGCUUGUGAUCGCUGCAGCUCGUCUGUCAUUGUUUUCAUGCUGUCCCUUGGCCUCUUAGACACACACUUGCCUCUUUCUGCUCCUCUCCCUGCUCUCCUUUCUCCACAUGUGGCAGCCUGAUAGUUCUCCAUAAUGAAAUCAACAACUGCCCUGCUUUAGAAACUUUUUCUCAUACUGAUCUGAGCCCUUGAGGAUGAAAUGAAAGUGAGAGCUGUUUGAGGGGAGAGGCAGUGCACAGGCUUUGGCGUUAGGGAGGACAGGGAGGUUGGGCUUCACUCACCAUAAAGGACAUAAGAAACAAGACAUGACAGAUGGUGCAGCGUUGUUUAGUCUUGUGAUCCUGGUGAAAUAAAAGUUUGGAUAUGGCUAAGGAAGCAUCAAGAUUUGUGCUGUUUCAUGGUUAAACUUUCAUACUGUUUGAUCUUUCAAAGCAGCAGACUGACUAUUAGGAAACAAAAAACUUGUGUAAAUGUCUGAUGUUUUGUUGACUCAGCUAUUCAGCCCACUUUCCGUCUUAUAUCAGACCAGCUGCCGCUCUGUCUGGUCAGGUUUAUGCUCAGCGUAUUACUACUACUCUAAGCCUCUGGUUCCUUUCUUUGGCACUGUCUCCUGAUCCGCCAGCUUGCACUGAGUUUGAUAUGCCAGCUGUCAUGACACCAGCCACCUCUUUUUUCACAGUGACUUCAUUUUGCAUGAUCGUACAACAAAUUGUAUCUCACCUUGGACUCAUGUUGGAAACUUUUAUUAGCAGUGCCACCAUGAUUACCACAGAGAAACCCCAGACUGUGUUUUAAAAGAGCAAGAGAUAACAAAAAGUUUUUUAUUAAAACUUUAAUAGUGGUCGAGUGGUGUGCUGCCGGGAUAUGUACCCUUAUUUCCAUUUGCAGAGCAGGAAAACCAGCUGCAGCCAACAAGGUAAGUGUGGGGGGUUGGAGGCACACAAGUUAAUGAAAGCUUGUCUUCAGGGGAAUACAGCAUGUCAGCACUGAGCCGCAGCAGCAGCUUAAGGGAGUCCAAGGCAGAGGCUUUAUUAACAGCAGAUUUUAUAGGCCACCUACACUGACGGGGGGCAGAGAUUAAUCUGCAUCCUUCUGUCCAUCCAGCCCUGCUGCUAUCGCCCUUCUUUCUUCCUUUCUUAACAUGAUCUUGCCUCUAUUGUUUUGUUCUGGGAAGGAUGUUCCACUUUCAAGCAGUCUUGAGACUUCCUCACACACAAACAAGUUUGAAGUUGCUGUGAGGCAGAGGUUGUUUGUCUGUGCAUGUUCAGUGCUACUUUAUGAAAUUACUGGACACAAUUUUUGUGAUAUUUCAUUAAGUAUGGAUAGUCGCUCUAUCUUCCAGUGUUAAGGCAUUUAAGGCUUACAUAUUUUCAAAAAGUGAGACACUUAUGCAAGCACCUUGCUUUGGUAAACAGCGUGAACUCUCCCUCAUCAUUAUUGGCAGAUCAGGAUCUCUGUCUGUUUACAUCACAUGUAAUGAGUCUCCAAUGCCAAAUGCUAAUCUCCCCUUUAAUUCCACUCAUUACCGGUGAAGUGAGAAUAACACCGGACACAUGCACAUUUGCAUCCAAACAAUAUAUUGUAAUUUCACUCAUAUCUUGCAACAGUCAAUGCACGUUAAAGGUGCAUUUGGUUUAAGAGCAACAUAUGCUGCUAUCCAAGCCAAGUCUUUCUCAGGGACGUCUUUUUAUUUCAACAGGACAACAACCAGACACAUUCUGCAUGUGUUACAACUACAGGGCUUCAUAGUGAAAAAGUACAGGUACUAGACUAGCUUGCCUAUAGUCCAGACCUUUCUUCCAUUGAACAAGUGCAGCACAUGAAUCACAAAAGAAUUCACCUCCAAAGCUUCAACAACCAGUGUCCUCAGUUCCCAAACACUUACUGAGUGUUGUUCAAAUGAAAGGUGACGUAACACAGGAGUAAGCAUGACCCUGAACCAGCUUUUUAAGAAUGUGUUGCAGCCAUCAAAUUCAAAAUGAGUGAUUGUUUUUAUUUGCAUUUUACACAACAUCCCAACUUCAUUGAAAUUGGGUUUUGUUUAUCAGGUAGAUUGAGGUUACCAUUCAAACAUCCAGUGGUCAAACAUAGCAGCAUGUCUUUUGAUUCCACAUCAGUAAUGUAAAUAUAUGUCUAUUCAUUUUCAGCCUACUCGUGUGUAGUAUGUAUCCUCAAACAGAAUAACAUUAGGAAAGGAUUUACAUAAACCAUCCUAUAUCCUAUAACCUGCCCAGAAGCUCAUCUUUACGUUUUUCUUCAUAUUAGGGACACGCACACACGCACACACACACACACACACACACACACACACACACACACACACACACACACACACACACACACACACACACACACACAUACAUGUGCAUGUGUACAUAGGAAUGAAUGAAUAAUUUGAAUAAGCCUGAAGCAGGAGCCUGAUAAGUCACAUGGCAGGAUUAAAAAGAGUCCUUGUGGAUUUGAGCCUCCAUGUGGUCUGUCACUGACUUGUCUUGUAUCACUAUGACUAGUUCACAGUUUCACCUGUGAUAGUGUCACUAUUGAUGUUUUUGUCUGAACUGAACUCAAAUUCCACCUUUUCCCAUUCUCUGCUCUACUUCAAACACACUUUUUGUGUACUUGGUUGUGUUGUUACAUAAUGCAUUAUUCAGCAUUUUAUAGAGUUUUUGGAAAGUGUGGAUUUCUUUGAGACCCAAUCAAACUUUAAGGGGAUUUGGAAAAAAAGAAAAAGUGACAUUUUUGUCAUUGGGUUGUCACUGUUUGUUGGGCCCUAAUCUGCCCUAAGCCGGUGUAUCAGGAUUCAUAAUCCACCUCACAAGUAGAUCCGUCAGCGUAAAGGUUCUGAGCAUAGUUUCUGAAAUCUGUGUUGUCUCUCAUUGAUGAAGGGCAUCAAGGGGUUUAGAUGAGGCCAGAGGGACUAUUGUGCCAGAGAGAUUAUAGAAAUCCAGGACAGCUGUGUUUUUCAUUUUGUUUUCCAGUUGUUUUAUUUUUUUUCUAAUAUUUUCAUUUUCAAUGCAAAGUUUCUGGUAUUUUUGGUUUUUAAUAGCUUUGGCCUCCAACCUUUUCCUUGAAAUGAAUGCUCACAGUCAAAACAUGCAGUUUUGCAAUCAUUCCUACAAAGUCUGCAUUUGUUACCAGUGUGUUUUCUCAUGUGAGUUUAAAGCACAUCUAUUUCAACAGAGGUUGCACUGACAGAUUGUGGAGAAAAAUCAGAAUUCGUAAAAAGGCAGAGUAUACAGUGUUUAUACAGUAGGCUGUGUCAAUAUGGACAGCAAGCCUCCUUCUCCUCCCAUUGUAAGAGGUGAAUCAAAAUAUUCGCUUGAUGAUCUCUGAUAAAGAUCUUGUCUACAUUUAGCCUUGACACCUGGGGCUCUUUUUUCGUGCCUCGCUGGAGACGUGCCGCAGGCGUGGCUUAAGUCCACUGCGCCAACAAGGCGUUCCCAAGCACAAUUUGUUAUUUUGGUGAGCGGUGCAGCCCGGCGUAAGUAUCCCCCCUCCCUAACUCAGCUCCUACCAGCGGCAUAAGUCGUAGCGAGGGGGGAGAGAGGACGUAGAGUGGAUUUAACACAGCCGAGACCUGUAUUGACCAUAAACAUCAGCUCCUCUCCUCGCCUUUAAAUCCGCCACCGGCGAGGCGUAUUACAAUUUUCGUAAAGUAGUCAAAGAGAUGUUGGACCCACUAGUAAGACAAACACCCUCUCCACAAAUAAAGACACUCACAUAAAGUUGCAUAUAUUCAAACCUCACAUGACAAAGGUGGGUUGUGCGCACAGAUCACAUCAUAAAUCCCAAUAAUGGCAUUAAAAUAGAAACCAUCUGUGCGUAAAUGACGCAUCACGCUCCGUGGCCUGGCUCUUUCUUUCAUAGAUGUUGGCAUAUAAAAUAAAUUUGGCUCACAAAACUGAAUAUUAUAAUAUUCGUAUGUAGGCUUAAAGUAAAUAACUCAUCUGAUCACUGAAACAAAUCAUCUGUUCAGCCGCCACAGCAGCAGCUGCAGCAGGACGGGGAGAGGACACGGAGACAUGUCCAGGUCGAGCUGAAAUAGAAGAGGAAGAAAGAAAAUGGGGGAGACGGAUUACAUAUCUUGUUCACUUCAUCAUUUGUGUCUAUUUACUAGAUAUUUAAUUUAAUUUAAUUCGGUUUCAGCUGUGUUGAUUCAAUCAGGUUGUGUGUCCAAACGCAUGCCAAACGCGCUCAUUAGAUCAGAUAUAGAUCAGAAUAUAUCGACAUAGAUCUAAAUGUAUGUGCUGACUCAGAUUAUUAGUUGUUGAUGAUUAUUUAUUGCACUGAAAUGUUCCUGACACUUUGGAAACCUGCUGGUGAAGCAUCGGUGACGUAUGCCGAUACGCCGCCGGUCUACCAAAAUACCACUAGACCAGCUGAGCUUCGCCUGCACUGAAAGCUGACCAGGUUUAAACGGGUGAGCUUUCAGCGUACUUUAUACGCCACCGGCGAGCACGAAAAUGUCACUGCGGCAGCUUAUUCUGUCGACACCUCCCUCUGCCAAGCCACCACGCCCAGCUUGGCGGACCUCGCUGUGCCUCAGUCCAUGAAAAUACCAAACUGGUUGUAUGCCGGUCUCCGCCAGAUGAAAAUACCACUGCGUGGGGUCCGCCACCCUCCGCCGCCUCACCGGCGGGCAUGAAAAUGGAGCCCCAGGGUGAUUUGGUCACAGGUAGACGGCCUAAAAACUGAGUAAAUGUUACAAAGUUGAGCCUUUUUGAACUUUUUUGUUUUUGCUUGUUUGUUUCCUAGACCCGGAGUUCAAAGACCUUGGGGAACUGCCAGCUCUGCCAUGUGAGUACUUAACUUUGGUUAUCAUAUCAUUACAUAAUAAAAGUAGACCGAAAAAAACACAUUUGCUAAUUCAAAUAAGUAACUAAAUUUACAUUAUCAUUUUGAUGAUACAGUCUCAAAAUAAAGAUGGGUCUAACAAAAUUAUCAUCUAUCAUAGAUUGUGAGUUUGACUUGAGCGGUCCAGAGGGCUUUGUGGAAUCCGCUCAGAUAACAGCAGAGGGCCGAGCUCUGCAAACCGAGGCUGUGGACUGCAGAUGGUACAUCAAGGCUCCACCAAAAGCGAGGGUCCGUAAACACAGAGCUGUUACUACCCUCUCUCUUUUUUGGUGGUGUGCAUGCAUUUGCAUUUAAGUCACGAAUUAGCUAUUGUUGAAUUCAGCCUGGAUGUUGUGGAAACCCAAAAAUGACUUCUAUUAGAUCUGUUAAUUUUAGAGUUUUGGUUGCAUUGGCUAAUGGUUACCUGGCUACAUUACCAUGCUAACUUACUUUUAAAGCUAACCUGGUCUGGACUCUGUUCAGAGUUUUAGCUUCAAGCAAGCAGAGAGGCGGUGACUUUCGUUUAUUAAUCAAGUUAUGAAAAGUUUUUCUAUAGGAAGUUUAGACUCUCAGGCUAAAAUGAAAUGUACGGAAACGAGUUUUGAUGAAACAGGCUGAAAUGAGUAGUGAUGAGUUUAUACGAUGAGUUCGUUUCAACAAUUUUGACAUUUUCGUUAUUGUCAUUUUUAAUGCCUGCAAUUGGUAUGAGGGGUUAAUACAAUGGAGAAACAGCCAUUGUCACUAUUUCCACAGCAAGUACUUAAAAGGAUUUAUAAACACAAGGAUGAGAUGAAAUCAGGAGCAGUAGAAGAAUAACCCCUUUGUCUACAGGGGACACUCAACACAAACAGGAAGUUACAACACAAAGGCAGCAAAGAACCAGACAGCACAGCAAGAGUUUCCAUGUUCAGUGACCAAGACACAAAAAGACAUCUGCUCUACAUUUGUAUUUUAAAUCAAGAAAAAAAAUAACUAAUGUAAUUUUAUGUGUGAAGAAUGAGCUCCUUCAUAUCUACAUUGUCCACAUGGGUUUAUAGACAAUUAGAUGUUUGCAGUUUUAUUUCAGUGCGUGAUGUGGGAGCAUCUUUAAAAACAAAAAUUAAACCUAUGACUAGUUACUUGCUGCAGCUUACAAGUCCAGAAAGAAUGUCUUGUUUUAAGACAUUAAUCACAACAAAUAAGGCCGUAAUCCCUUUAAUGGGCCUAUGACAAAGAAAAUUACUCUUUAUGUUGCUUGAAAUAAGAAAAUGUCUUAUUUCAACAACUUAAUAAAUGAGUUUUUACUUGUGCCUUUAGCAGAUUGUUUUUCUGCUUAUCACAAUCAAUUUGGGUCUUUUUUUUUGCUCAUUAUAUCUUGAAAUAAGACAUUUUUCUCAUCUUUGUUUAGUGAUGAUGGCUUAAAUUUGACCUUAUAAAAUCUUCUAACUAUAAUCAAGAAAAAAACUUGCCAAGAUUUGAGGUUUUGCUGUGUUCAUUAUGUUUAAGUGUUAAACCUAUCUGCCUGUACCACUAAAGUUAUGUCCAUCAUUGUUUCAGUUGUUUUAGUGUAGUUGAAUGAGGGGCAACUGCAGUCUAGAUUUAGUUUGCUUGGACCACCAAUUUUGUUUGUAUUCUACCCUUUAAUCCUCAGAUCUACAUGCGUUUCCUGGAAUACGAGAUGCACAACUCAAAUGAGUGUAAGCGCAACUUUGUGGCCAUCUACGAUGGCAGCAGUUCAGUGGAGCAUCUGAAGAAUAAGUUCUGCUCCACAGUGGCCAAUGAUGUCAUGCUGACAUCCUCAGUGGGCGUGGUGAGACUUUGGGCGGACGAAGGAAGCAGAAAGAGCAAAUUCAGGAUUCUCUUCACAACCUUCCAUGAACGUGAGUCAGUCUGUGUUACUGCAAGUUGUCUGUGACAGGCAUACAAGAAUAAACAAAGGCUGACGCUAAUGAUAAAUCUUAAAGGGCACGUCCGUAGAAAAAAAAAAUGUUGUCUCUGAUGUCAGUUACGUUACGGCAAGAAUGAGGCCUGCUAAAACACCUGCAGACAAAAAAAGAGGUCUUUGGCAAUACUACCUUUAACUUUACUGCUGAAUCAAUAGAUAAGAUGAGCUGCUGGGAGUAAAAAUCUUGCAGAAUGCAACUUUGUCUUAUGCACUUUUCCUCAACUGUAUGAACUGUUUUACUUCAAUGUUUUAGUUUUACUACUGCUGUCAAACAAACUUCUACAAAACAAAAAACCUUAUUAGCACCAAAAGCUGAUUGAUCUGCUGAGUACAGUGGCAAAACAUCUCUAAGAACAUGCUUUGACAGUCAUUUAGUUAUUCUACACUGAACAAAAAUGUAGGCGCAACACUUUUGUUUUUGGUCCUAUUUUUUAUGAGCUAAACUCAAAGAUCUAAGACUUUUUCCAUGUAGACAGAAGACCUAUUUCUCUCAAAUAUUGUUGACAAAUUUGUCUAAAUCUGUGAUAGUGUACACUUCUCCUUUGCUGAGAUAAUCCAUUCACCUCACAGGUGUGAAAUAUCAAGAUGCUGAUUAGAUAGCAUGAUUAUUGUACAGGGUUGCCUUAGACUGGCCACAAUAAAAGGCCGCAGGUCAGAGAGUGGUUGAGUUGCGUUUAGAGACUAAAUACAACUCACCCACUCUCCUCCAGCAGCCGCUUGUUUGUGUGGAAGCCCUGACGAGUCGAUUACCGAGUGCAGCAGUGCACAGUGCAGGAUCAUUACCUUGAAGUAAUAAUCAUCCAAAUAAUCAUUUUGAACUGCGGAUGCGGUAGUUCUUCUGCCUUAGCAUGUUGGUCCAAUUGCAUUUCCAUGAAGAAAUUAUCAUAAAUGUUCUUCCUUGAGCUGCAAAACUCCACUGCAAUCGGUGAUUGACUUAUCAGGACUCCCCAAAAAACAAGCGGCUGCUGGAGGAGAGUGGGUGAGUUGUUUGUAGUCUCUUUGCUAAAGAAACCAGGCAAAGCUAAAAAAAUGUUUGAUGGUUAGUGCUAUGGCAGGGACCCUAUAUGUACUGUUGAUAAAGUUAGGUGCUGUUCUGAGCAUUAUUUGUGGCUAUAGAGUGGCUUUUUUGUUGAGGUUUGUGUGUGGAGAGGUAGACUGUUGUGUAUUGCUAUCGUAUGGUUGUUACUAAAGUUAGUAUAACUAGAGAAGCAGGUGGUCAGCAACAUUCAUCUCUCAAGAGGGGGUCUAACUCGGUGUUAUUGUGUGUUUGACCAUAACUUAAACUUAUGCCAGAAAAUCCCUUUAAAGCUUGUUCUCUAUCUGCAGGAGUUUUGAGCAGUGAUUGAAUCUGAGGUCUCUGAGACUGCAGUUACAUUUAUAUUGUCAGCUAAAAUGCUGUUGUCAUUCCAGUGAGGUUACAGUAAGUCAGCUACACUACAUCCACAUUUGGAAUCUCACAUUGGGGUUCCAUGACGUCAGCCUGGCCCCUCAUAUGGAUUUUAUUUAAAGUAGCACUAUGCAUAUCCGUUAAGGUGCUGGUGCAGGGCAAAAAAAGAUUUCUAUGAUUAAAAAGAGGGAAGUCUGCUCACACAGUUUUUAUGCUCCACCAAUUUGCGCAAAAAAAGGUCACAACAUUGCUAGAAACGUUGUGACCAUUUUUGCACAAAUAAAUCAGUGGACCUACCUUUUGGCACUCAGCAUCUAAGGGCUGGACUUGGGUUUUAGAUCACCUAAUGAUUCCAGAGUGCGGCACCACUGCUGCUCACUGCUCCUCCCUGGGGAUGGGUUAUAUGCUGAGGACAAUUUUCACACACUCAGAUGUGUGACAGUCAGUGGGACUUCAACUUUAACCUUUUGAUUAUUUUAACAGAUCAACUUUUAUUUAUAUAUUGCCAAAUCAUAACAAAAGUAAUCUCAAGGCACUUUACAAAUAGAGCAGGUUUAAGACCAGACUCACUAUACUUAACAGAGGCCAAACAAUCCCACUUGAGUAAGCUCUUGGCAAGGAUUGUAAGGAAAAACUUCCCUUUAACAAGGCAAAAAUAGGCAGACUAGACUACAAAGUGGGUGGCCAUUUGUAAUAGAUAAUCAGGAUUAUUGUACUAGAUAAUUGUUUAAAACCUUAAAAGCUUAUGUGUUUGUGGUGGUGAUUGUGCCAACCCGGACUGACCCGCUCUGUCCCUCACCACCAACUUUCGGCAAGCUGUUCGGCUAUCCACAGAAUUCCACAGAUUUUCCUCCUGAAUCAUUUCAGAAAACCAGAAAAAAGUCUGCAGAUUCCGUUUGGGAUUAGUUAUAAAUUUUGAAGUCAGUGUUGCCCGUUUUUGACUUGAUAGGGCAAUAACGUUUCUAAGAUAGCUAACAAAUCGUUUUUGGGGAUUAUCAAAAAAGAUUAAAAAAAAAAACACAUUUAUGUAUUUUGAUAAAAAGGAGUUUAGUGCAAAAUGAAAUUUAGUUUCAUUAGAUACGGUUUAUGAUAAACCUAGAUUCCUGUGUAUUUAAAUGAACAAAUAAAGAUUAUGUGAAAGAUCAACUAAAGUUUACAUUUGGUAAUUAAAUUAGCACAUUAACUUUAUGUGAAAGUUUGGAUGACUUCAAUUAAAUUUAACUUGACUAAGUUAUUUAAUUUAAUUAAGUUAUCGCAACAUAAUUUUGAAGCAUUACAUUAAAUGCAGUAAAUGCAAUUCAUUACUUUGCACUAAUGUGGUUAUGGGAAAUUUACAUGUGAUUAAAUUAUUUACAGUCAAUUUUUUGGUACAAUUAUUUUGUAAAUGUACCUGUGACAUCAUCAUCAUGCCCAUAACUCCUACCAUUUGUUUUUCAGCUCCAUGUGAAGGAGAUACUUUCUUUUGCCAUAGCAACAUGUGCAUCAACCAAACCUUGGUCUGUAAUGGCAUUCAGAACUGUGUUUACCCCUGGGAUGAGAACCACUGUAAAGGUACUCAACUUAAAUCUCACCAUUUGUCAUUUGAUAACUUGACUGAACAUCAACUCCUUUUUCUUCAUUUUGUCUUCCAAACUAGAGAAGAGGAAAGCCAGCAUCCUAGACACGCUGGAUAAUACCAACCUCACUAUCAUUGGAGUGACCUGCAGCCUGGUGGUCAUCCUGCUAAUCAUCUCUGUGGUCAUUCAGGUCAAACAGCCUCGCAAGAAAUACAUCAUCCGCAGGUCAGAUCAACUCACUUUGAAUUCCAUGAGAAUUUUUUUUAAAGUUUAUAAAAUGGCCUUUCUAUGAUAUACAAAAGCAUGCAAGACUAUCAGUGACAAGAUUGAUGAAUUUUUAAAUAGUCAUUUAUAACUUCUGAAACUAGUGUGAGAGGAUAGGUGUCAGCCAAGCUGAAGUAAUAGAUGUGAUUUUUUUUUCACACAGUAAAUGACGUUAAAAAUCAGCAGGAUGAGGACGUUGUUUUUUUAAUUAAAAAUCACUGAUUAGAUAUUAGGAAGGAUGGAAAAAGAACUAGACAAACAAAUUAAAAUAUUUGUGUCUAGUGUAUAUGUUAAUAAUAAAGGUAUAAAAAAAGAAGUCCUCAGUUUUCAUGAGAUGAAACCCAUUUUAUUCCAGCUUGUUGUGUUUUUUUAUUAGUAUUUAGAAAUAGGUUGUUUUCCAUAAAAUCACAAAAUUUCAGGCAAAAAGCAGAGAAAAUCACAUUUUCACAAAAUAAGUAUUUUUGUCAUAGAUAAGCAAAAAAUGAUAGGAUAUUUACAUUUUUGUAUCUAUCUGAAAUGAUACAUUUGACUGCAUAAUUUUAAGAAACUAAAACUUAAAUUAUUCCUGGAGGCGUAGUUGUGUGUGUACAGUGAUUGUUUGUAAUAGUGAUGAAAGGCUGCCUAGCAUGUCUUUGCUGUCACAUUAUAGGAGUGAUAAGUAUGAAGCUUCAGUAUAAAGCUGAAUGUUGACAACAAGCACUUUAAAGCCACCGUGAACAACCAUAAGAUUAGAAAAUCCCUUUUUAGGCACAGCCUGUUAACCUUUAUUCUGUAUCCAUGACCAUCAACUACAUCUGCAUACUUGUGUUCAUGUUUCUGUUUAUUGAUGUUGACCUUGUUUCUCUUACCCCUAGAGAUGACUUUGAUCCUGCUCUUCUCCACCCUGGUUUUGAGCCCCCCCACUAUGAGCUCUGCACUCUGCGUCGCGCCCCAUCUGGCGACCUGACUGAUGCCGGCCUGGCCGAGGACUAUGAAAAGUUCCACAAACUCCGCCGCUCUUCCUCAAAAUGCAUCCGCGACCACCACUGUGGCUCCCAGGCAGGAAGCAUGCACGGCAGUGUCCACGGCAGCCGCAGCAACCUCAGUAUGCGGGAUGGCGUUGCUUCUGACAGAGGCACUCUUGUUCAACCACCACUGCCCCCCAUGAUGGUGAGUCAGCAAUCGCCGCACCUAUCCCACCUCACUACACCAGUAGGAAGGAGGAGCAUCCUGGUGAUGAAGCAUAGCUACUCUCAGGAUGGCACAGAGGGGUACAGGGGCGAGGAAGAGGAGGACUUUAUGAUGGAUGAUGGCCCCACCACAAGCCAGCAUCUCAUGCACCAUCAUCAGAUCGGUCUGGACCACACUGUUCACCGCACACUGUCGAAUGACUUCUGAUGUGAGACUUGAUGGUGAUAAAAACAAAUAAUCAAAGGAGAUCAUCACAUAAGUCUUUAAGAUCUCUGUUCACCAGACUAUUCUGACCUUUAAAAUUAAGUUUCUGAUUAAUUUACAUCAAUAAGGGCUGUUUUUACAUAUCUUUGGUGGUGGCUGGUUUCAAACAUUUUGCCGCAGUUUGCAUGAACUGCCAAACAAAAGUGUAGAGUUGGUAAAACUGAUGGUGCUUGUAAAUUAAAACAGAAGUAAUAAUAUUCUAUUCAAUACCAAAACUGUUGUUCUUCCUGAAUAUCACACCACUGUAUGAUGCAUCACUGCCCAAUUUCCCUUUUCAGUUCCUUGUUUGAGUAAUGAUUUGUCAUGUGUUGUUAUAUUCCUUUAAGUAUGGACAUGAAUAUGAAUUAUUCUACUAUACUAAAGCAACAAAAUUGUCAAUCAUAGUAACAUAGAUCAGAAAUAAUAAGUUUGCAUUCAGCAAAGUCAAGGACACCUUUUCAAGAUAAGUUCUUAACCUCAUUUAAAGCUUCAAAAACUCAGGACUUUUCUCAGUUGUGUCUCAUAUGAUGGUUAGAGGGGAGCAUUCAAAAAUGAUAACAUUUACCCAUUAAAAAUGACAACUUAUAAAAUACUGUAAACUUUCCCAAAUGUAAACUUUGCUCAUGUUUAUGAUUGGAGUCCAACAUUUGAGCUUGAUGUUUGUAAAAUGUGAAAAAGGAUUGUAUGACAUCUUGAACUGACUGUAUCCAAUACUUAUUCAAAUAAAGUCCUUUACUGUGUGUCACACUUC